AUGGCGGAAGCUCACCAAGCUGUAGCAUUUCAGUUCACGGUCACCCCUGAUGGAAUCGACCUGCGCUUGAGUCAUGAAGCUCUGAAGCAGAUUUACCUCUCUGGCCUCCACUCGUGGAAGAAGAAGUUCAUCAGAUUUAAGAAUGGGAUCAUCACAGGCGUCUAUCCGGCGAGCCCAUCCAGUUGGCUUAUCGUGGUGGUGGGUGUGAUGUCAACCAUGUAUGCCAAAGUCGAUCCUUCCUUAGGAAUAAUAGCGAAGAUCAAUCAGACCCUUGACAUGACCUGGGGACACUGGGCUAAACCCCAGACCAAGAACAUCGUCAGCGGCAUCCUCUUUGGCACGGGGCUCUGGGUCACCCUCAUCGUCACCAUGAGGUACUCCCUGAAGAUGCUGCUGUCCUACCACGGCUGGAUGUUUGCCGAGUACGGCAAACUGAGCCGAGGCACCCGAAUCUGGAUGGGAAUGGUGAAGGUUUUCUCAGGCCGAAAACCAAUGCUGUACAGUUUUCAGACAUCCCUGCCCCGCCUCCCGGUGCCCGCAGUUAAAGAUACUGUCAACAGGUACCUAGAAUCAGUACAGCCUCUUCUGAAUAAAGACGAUUUUCAAAGAAUGAAGGGUCUCGCUGAAGAUUUUUCCACUAAUCUUGGCCCAAGACUGCAGUGGUACUUGAAACUGAAAUCGUGGUGGGCCACCAACUAUGUAAGUGACUGGUGGGAGGAGUACAUCUACCUCAGAGGACGAGGCCCCAUCAUGGUGAACAGCAAUUACUACGCCAUGGACCUGUUAUACAUCUUGCCGACGACCAUCCAGGCGGCGCGGGCGGGUAACGCCAUCCACGCGAUCCUGCUCUACCGGAGGAAGCUGGACCGAGAGGAGCUCAAGCCGAUCCUCCUGCUGGGCUCCACCGUCCCGCUCUGCUCGGCGCAGUGGGAGCGCAUGUUUAACACGUCUCGAGUCCCAGGAGAAGAGACGGACACCAUCCAGCACGUGAAGGACAGCAAGCACAUCGUGGUGUACCACCGAGGCCGCUACUUCAAAGUCUGGCUCUACCACGACGGCCGGCUGCUGAAGCCGCGGGAGAUCGAGCAGCAGAUGCAGCGCAUCCUGGACGACCCUUCGGAGCCUCAGGCUGGGGAAGAGAAGCUGGCCGCCCUCACGGCUGGUGACAGAGUGCCUUGGGCCAAGGCUCGCCAAACUUAUUUUUCCCGGGGAAAGAACAAGCAGUCUCUGGAUGCUGUCGAGAAAGCAGCGUUCUUUGUGACGAUGGACGACACUGAGCAGGGCUACAGCAAGAAGGACCCACUCACCUCCAUGGACAGUUAUGCCAAGUCUCUGCUCCAUGGCAAAUGUUACGACAGGUGGUUCGACAAAACGUUCACAUUCAUCGUCUUCAAGAAUGGCAAAAUGGGCCUGAACACGGAGCACUCGUGGGCAGACGCGCCCAUCGUCGGUCAUCUGUGGGAGUAUGUGAUGGCUACAGAUUGCUUCCAGCUGGGCUACACAGAAGACGGUCACUGCAAGGGAGACACCAAUCCCAACAUUCCGUACCCCACAAGGCUCCAGUGGGAAAUCCCUGAAGAAUGUCAGGAUGUCAUUGAGGAGUCCCUGAGCCUCGCCAGCACCCUGGCCAACGAUGUGGAUUUUCACUCUUUUCCAUUCGAUGCUUUCGGCAAAGGGUUAAUCAAGAAAAGUAGGACCAGCCCAGAUGCCUUUGUGCAGCUUGCCCUCCAGCUGGCCCAUUAUAAGGACAUGGGCAAAUUUUGCUUAACAUACGAAGCUUCCAUGACCCGUCUCUUCCGAGAGGGCCGAACAGAGACCGUCCGUUCCUGUACGAUGGAGUCUUGCAACUUUGUGCUCGCCAUGGUGAACCCCAAAGAGACGGUUGAAAAUAAGCUCAAAUUAUUAAGAAUUGCAGCUGAGAAACACCAGCACAUGUACCGUCUUGCCAUGACUGGUGCUGGCAUCGACCGCCAUCUUUUUUGCCUUUAUGUGGUAUCCAAAUAUCUCGCUGUCGACUCUCCUUUCCUGAAAGAAGUUUUAUCUGAGCCAUGGAGACUGUCGACCAGUCAGACACCUCAACAGCAGGUAGAGCUCUUCAAUCUAGAAAGAAACCCAGAAUACGUGUCCAGCGGAGGCGGCUUUGGCCCGGUUGCUGACGACGGUUACGGGGUGUCCUAUAUUAUAGUAGGGGAGAACCUCAUCAAUUUCCACGUGUCCUCCAAGUUCUCCAGCCCCGAGACUGAUUCUCAUCGCUUUGGAGAACACCUGAAGCAAGCCAUGAUCGACAUCAUCACCUUGUUUGGAUUGCAGACCAACGACCAAAAGUGAUUCCAGUUUUGGCCACCACGGAGGAGACGGAACUCUUCUGCGAAACCAAAUAAGACUCGACGUUGCAUUCCUUUGGUAGUCGAGGGUCAGAAGUUGCUCUUUUCCAGAGAGGGUUUCGUCCUGGGGUUGUUUGUCUUCUUCCAAUACAUGUAGAGAGAGAGCAGAGUAUAUUCUAUGGAGCCGUGUAAUUUUGCUACUUCUAGGUCUGUCCUAAUUAUGGGAAUGCUUGAUUUUCCCCCUAAAGUCUUUGUCUUGCUUAAAUUUCAUAAAUGAAGGGAUCGUGUAUUGUCAACUUCAUGUAAGUAGAGGAAAUUGGAUGUAAUAUAUAUGUUGGGAGCAGAAAUAUCAUGUUCCCUCCAUUGUGACUGUAUAUCUGGUACUUCCGGGCAUUUAACUCCUCUUAUCGGUAAAUAUAUUUACUUGAUCUAUUU